AUGUCUUUAAGCAAGGUCUUAGAAACCGUAAGAGGAGCAGAGGUGUUUAGUCUAUCAGCGGGAAUUGGCAUCUUCUUCAAUGUCAUUCUCGUUUGGUACGUGGUCGAGUACUAUAGGGACCCGCUCCAUCUGCGGAGGUUCCCUGCCGCCCAUCCUACCGCCGGAUUCUCAGCUGCAUGGACUAUGGUGCACUGCUGGAAGUUGAAGCGUUUCUGGGGAAUCCACAAGGCGCACGAAAGAGUUGGUCCCAUUGUGCGUAUUCAACCGGACCAUGUCAGCUUCAAUGUCGGUGAAGCUAUCGAAGAAAUCUAUGGACACGGCAAGGAUCUCACGAAGGCGCCUUUCUACGACACCCUGGCUUCAUAUCAACGAAGCAUGUUUGACACCACGGAUCGAGCCGAGCACGGACAGAAGCGCAAAUAUGUGGCUCAUAUGUUUGCCCCAAUGACAGUGAAGAACCUCGAAGAUGUCGUUGUGGAUACUACCAAAAGUUUGUUCAGGGUAUUCGAUCGCUAUGCCGAUAUGAAGCAACCAGAGUGGUUAAACAUGCGCCACUGGAUCAGUAUGUAUGCCUUUGAUAUCAUUGGUGAUCUGGGUUUUGGCGAGAAGCUCGGAUGCCUUCAGAGAGGAGACGACAUCAUGAAGGCUCAGACUCGUAAGGGCAAGAUUUACGACGUGAGUGGCAUGCGUGGUGUUUACGACGGCGGUGCCUACAAUGUCUUCUGGGGACAAGCAAGUUCGUUCCUUAAGUGGACGAAAUGGAUGACACAAUGGACCACCGGCCGCUUCUUUGCCGAUGCCUUCUUCGAUGUUGCCAUCUACCUUGUCAAGCGCCGCGUUCCAGCAGAGGACGUUGCAGAGUACGAGAAGAACCGACGAUUUGAUCUCUUCCAACGUCUUGUCAUUGACAAGAAGGGUAAGGCCAUGGACCUUGAAUUUGAGGAGCUCUUUGCAGAGGCUGCCGUGCUUAUGAUUGCUGGUUCUGACACUUCCGGCACUGGGUUGUGUAAUACUAUUCUCUAUCUUGCCAAACAUCCUGACAAAUUGGCCAAACUCCAAGCAGAGGUUGACACCGCUAUCAGCCCCAACACACUUGUGGCCAAACAUGACGAUGUCAAAGAUCUGCCAUAUCUCCGCGCCUGCAUUGACGAGAGCUUGCGUCUCCGUCCGCCAAAUGCACAAGGACUUCCACGUACUGUAUCCAAAAAUGGAGCCAUGGUCCAAGGAUACUACAUGAAGCCCGGAACCGUCGUAUCGGUCCCGACAUACAGCAUUCACCGUAACGAAAAGUACUUCAAGAAUGCCGAGGCUUUCAUACCCGAGCGAUGGAUUGACAACCCUGACGAGAAGGAAGCCUACAACCUCAAAAAAUACGUUAUUCCCUUUUCAGCUGGUAGCCGUGCUUGCAUCGGUCGAAACCUGGCUUAUCUUGAACUUCAGGUCGCUCUCGCGUCAAUCGUUCACCGCUACAGCUUCGAGUUGAAGGACCCACACGAAGAUGUCGAGAUUUUUGAACGCUUCAACUCUAACCCCAGAGACUUUUACGUCAAAGUAAACUACAGGACACCGAAUGUACCAGCAAUAUCGUCUUAGGUGCAGAUAUGUUUAUGACAGAGUUUAUGCCUCGGUGAAGUAGGCCGGUUGCCUACAUAGUUGAGGCCUUGGGAGGGGAUUCACUUUCGUUUUGUCAUACUAGCUGUUGGUGAUAAAUACUCCUUUCUUUUUAUCUGCUUGUAACGUAAG